AUCCGCCACGUUCUUGCCUUUCCUAUCAACAGACCAACGCCAUUUUCACUCGGUUUAAGGCAUUUCCAUUUCGUCGUCACUCUCGUGGGUAGUCGUAUUAGAAAGCUGCAACGAUGUACAACGCUCUUAGAAUUUGUACUUUUAUUUACAUGACGUUUAUAUACGCUGAUAAAUUCGGCUCGAGUUAAUGUCGAAAUUCGUAUUGUUCAAUGGUACUAGGUCGUCCGAAAAGUUUCUUUCGUUUUAUAAGGAAAUAAUGGACCUUUGUUCUAUCAAAAUAAAGAUCACAACGUUCGACAGAUUAGGUUUCACGUGUGUAUAAAGAUGCAUUUGUAGAAGUUGUAAAAGACGAGUCUGUAAAAGAAAAACACUUUUCAGGAAACCUAAUAGUUUCACAAGACUGUACAGGCUGAACGAGAGAAACGAUUGAUAUUGCGAAAAUGAAACGUGGGACUUGUUGAGAAAGAGUGUGUACGAGAAGUAGCUUUUGUAGCCACCGUAAGUACACAGGGAUCCGGUUAUGGCAAUCACGGAUAACGUUAUGAAUGGUCAUGGUUAUUGUCUUCAUAAUCAAUCGGUUGCAAAACAUAUCUAUAUUGACAGUUGAUUGAAAAUAAUCGACCUACUGUAAUCAUGUUUCGGCUGUUGGAAUCGACAAAUGGUAAGAGAUCUUAGCACAUUCGUACUAAAAAUGCGACUUUCCUUCGAAACUUACCCUUAACGCAAGCACGCCGCUUGUCUUUUACACGAGUGCGUGGCAAGAAUUCUCAGAAGAUACGGAAAUAGACGGGCGCACAUUUAUCUUUUCAAAGCAUAUCGUUACGGCGACAUAAACGCGGACAUCGAUGUACGUUGCUGGAAGGUUGGAAAAGAAGACUAUGCGAGCUAUAUUCAGGAGCUAACGACAAGAGCAAACAAGCGACAAAGUUUCUCAAAUAAAUUCUAUGUUGUCUUCAAAGCCAGUUGUUUAUAAGAAAUAAAACAGUUAUUAUACAACAGUUUGUUUAUAAGUGGAUAAAUGUGUAACUGUUUCUUUUUUCACAAGUGUACAAGUAUCGUAAUUGUUCGUAGUAAAUUGGCUUGGAUAAUUUAUAUCGGUAAAAAUAAAUUGAAUUCAGCCGGUUAUUCUUAUCAAAAAUUGCAAGUGACCCAAAGCGACCGUAGUAAGCGGAUUCCACUGCGUUGGGACCGACGUGACCACUCUUGCGCGAUAGUUUACCAAUUAACACGUUGAUUCAGUGGUCGUCCCAGUGGAUCACCUACGUUACUAUAUUUUCAGGGUGUUUAAACUCAGACAAAUUUCAUGGACCGGAAAAUUGUCUACGAUGUGGAAUGACGUCGAUAAACAUUUUCGAAGAAAUGGUUCACGAAUACGAUAUAAUAUUUAACAAACAUUAAAUCUUAUGGUGUCAUAUACAUACGAUAAUUUUAUAAUCUUCCAGUUUUAUUCAAAAUAGGAUACGGUGAAACUUGGUUUUCCCGAACCGGUGGCGCGAUCGGGGAACAAAAUAUUUCACACAACCGAUGAGUUUUGAACGAUAAAAGCUUACUGGCUUCACCAGCUGCUGCUACGAGUUUCGAUAAUAGAGGUUGACGUUCGAAUAACUGAAAUCCAGCCACAAUUUCCACACAAAUUGCGUCAAAUUGUAUGUCAGCUUAGACAAAAGUAGCGACUUGCGGAUACGCGUUCGCGUGACCGAAAAUAAGCUCGAGCGUGAUUCGAAUAAUAGAGGCUCGGUUACGAGUUCGUACAACUGAGGAUAAACAACAACUUGACUUGUAAUUUGUACAAUUUAUUCGACAAUCUCAUUAUGAAAUUCGAUGCUGUUAAUUUUCACCCAUGUUAUUAAUCGAAUUAUGCAAACGAGCUCUGCUAAUUUCCUACAAGACGCGACAAUAACAGGAAAAUGAAACUCCCAAAGUCCAAAACGUAGAGAAACAAAGUACGUAUUACACCACUCUAAAGAAUAAAAUCCUCGCGCUUUAUCCAAGACAAAAAAUACGAAAGUACGAGAGAGCAAACACCUUUUGAAAUUACAAUUUCCACCAGAGUAUCGCCUAUUACGUCGUAAUAGGUUUAAAAGUCCAAUGUGCAAUCGCGUGUAAAGCUAAAGCCUCUUAACUGUUGUCUGAUAACGCGUCUCACGACACAACAGAAUUUCGUAAAGCGUAUUUCGUGAAUUUCAUAAAGAGGCAAGACCGCAGUCGCGUCUUUGCAACGGAUAUAAUUGGACUUUGCCUUAAUUACAUCGUCUCUCAUGGAUACAGCCAUCAGGCGAGCCGGAUAACGCAUUCGACGUGAAUUCAGACGCCCAGAAGAUUAACAGCUCCAAAGGGAGCAAGAAAGAUGUAGAUCGUCUCAGUUGAGACGUUAAGACGUUCAGCUGAUGUGGCAGCCGUGUUACAACUAACAUCAACCAGACGAGAAAUAUAUCGGUAUCGCUGUUGAAAAAUUAAUGUCGCGAUAAGGUAUCACUCAGUUUCGUGUCGUGAAUUAGUCUGGUCGUAUCAGCCGCGUAUGCACGUAGGAAUUUUCUUGUCUUGACAAGACAGAGAUUGAUCCCUUUGGUAAUGGAAACUCGAGAAAGCAUUACGGUCACUUAACUUUCUUCCGGGUUUCUUCUUACAAAUUUCAUUUAAGGACUUACGCAGAAUUUCAAUCGGAAAGUUUGUAAAGAGUAGUGAAGUUCCAUAAAAUUACGUUCAAUCGUUCUACCCUCUACGUGAAUAUAUCGAGUAUACUUGAAUCUCUGAUACCGAGAAUCUGAAUAAACCUCGUGGAAUAGAAAUGCAUUAAAAUUUUCUUCCGUAGCUGCGCGAUUUUCUAUCUUACACGAAAAAAUUCAACGAAAUAUAGAAAAAUCUGCAAAGGAGUGAUAAUUUCUUUAAUACCAAGCAUAUCGCCCGUCAAAGAGGAUAAGAAACUCUUCUUAAAUAUGACAAUCUAUUCGAAUUUUCUACUAUCGUUAUCUCGCGUAAAUACAAAAUUCCUAGCAACUUCGAUCUAACAAAAUUAACUGAAAUUUCUCUGAUCUCUAAUCCUGCGACGGAACAAGAUACAACUCUACCAAAAUAUUUUUACACACCGCUGUACCUGCAAAUACUUUCCUCUCGAAAUUGACCAAAUAAUGUCAAAUAAUGUUUCAAAAUUCUCCUCCUAAUUAAUUUCACCAUCUAAACGACACUCUGGCUAACGUUCUGAAAGGUUGUGCACGUCGAUUUGAAUCUUUAUUAUUCAGAUUCACGUUGCACCACGGCCAAGCGUUUUUCCCUUGGAACCACCGCUAUUUGCAGAGGCGCAAAGUGACUGACUAACAAUAAGAGUAGCAAUCUCGGUGGGUUACGUGUAGCUACGGGACAACAUGUGCCGUAUAACGAACUACGUUCCCCGAGUGUGUACACGCGCGUGUGUGUACGCGUGUGCCGGAUAUACAGGUGUGCAGGUGCAUACGCAACCGCGUGUGACGCACAAAUGACGUAGGCUAACGUGUGGUUAGUAUCGGAUAGGAUAACAGUGUCGGUCAGAGACAACAUUAAGCGAUGUCCACGCUGUCAUCGAAAUUACGUAGCUCGCUUGCAAUUCUUCGUGGACGACAGGAAUCAAACGUUAGAGUGUAAUAUCGUUGAUCGAAAGUUUGCAACCUGCCUAUCAUUUAACACGCGAGCCUACGAAUUCGAAAGAAUGUCGUAGUGUUUUACUGCUGUUACGAAAAAGAUCGCUGUAGCGUUCCAUACGACCUGCAAAUUUCAAGAAUGUCGUGAUGCUUCAGCGAAUGUACGAAUUUUAAAAAAGUUGUAUAGCGUUUCGUAGAACGUAGGAAUUUUAAAAAAAUGUCACAGUGUUGCAUAGAACGUGGGAAUUUCGAAAAACGUCAAAGUGUUCUAUGAAACUUGGAAAUUUUAGAACGUGCCAUAGUUAAAUUAGUUAACGUGGUUGACACAGUUAAACGUAGAAAGUUGAAGCACGCCAUGUGUUCUAUGGAACGUACGAAUUUAAAAACAUGUCAUCGAUUAAUUUUCUAAUUAAUUUAAUUACUUUCCAAAUUGGUGAACGUUCGACUGAUUCUUACGUUCGAUUACGACGACAAUUAGACAAAACUUAAGCGUUUCGAGUGGAUCGAACUAACCACCAGACGAGCGAGGAAUUCUUUUUGCCCGGGAUUAACUUUCGAAAAUGGAUAUCGUUUGAAGGCUGCGGUUUAUAGGUCAAUUCGUAUUUUAAAACAACGAAUGGAACGUUGUACGAGAUUCGAAAUUCGAAAGCGGUCAAAAUCGAAACGCAAAACCACACGGACCAACCACCUUCUAAAAGUCUAGCAAAGAAGAAACAUUUAGACCGAAUUUCGUAAAUAAACUACGAUAUACUAAGCUAUGUAUUUAUUACAAUUAUUUAACAAAUUUAUCUGUUAAUUGUCAUAAAACAAUAUCACCUUUCUCAUCAUCCUAGCAAAUUUUUAACGCUAAAACUGCCAGAAUGAUCGAUGAUAAAAUGACCAGUUCACAAUUUUUCAUAGAAAUUUUAUACACGUACAACGUUACAUUUUUCAAUGAUUCUUUGCAAAAUACAUUAAUAAAAGCUUAUGUUUCUUAUUGCAUUAUAAACUUUGUCCCAUCUGUCGCGCUUUAAUUUCUUUAAUACAAGUUUUACAUUUUAAUCGUUGGCAGUUCUAGUGUCAAAUUUCCACGCAUUGCGUAAAUAAAUUACUCGUUGUUUUAACUUCUUGUGUUAUUAACGUCACUUCUAACUGUGUUGCUACAAAAUGCGUAACUUGCCUGAAACGUCAUAAAUUAACGCGUGACGGUACACUAGUCGAACGAAAAAGUUUGUGAAAGCUCUCCACAAGGUUUCUACGUUCUGGCUUUUCAAAACCUCUUGCCAACCUCCGAUACGUCAGCCAAAGCGACGAAAGAGGAAAUAUUUCGCGUUGCAAUCCUGUGGAUGAUACACGCUGGAACGAACGUAAAACAUCAUCGGAAUUUGAAUAUUUGCAACUACGUGGAUCGAUCGUCACGGUAAUUAAACGCAAUUAAAAGCUAUCGUUGUUUACACAUUCGCGUUCGUAGCGAAAAUGCGGUGCAAAAAGUUCUGCACGCUCGUAAUUCGCGCGUAAAAAAGCUACCAUUUUCGUCGUUUAAAUCGCAAGUAAUUAGCGCGCGUUAAGGUCUGCUUUUUCUACACGGAAAAAAUCCCGGCAAUUCAGCGUUCGAACAAAUUGCAGGCGAACAAGGUAGAUAGGGAAAUUAAACAAAAUAUGGUAGAAAAUGAAACGAUAGGUAUGCAGUUCAUAUGGUUAAUUAACUCGCCGACGAAAUUGAAAUACAUUGUAAGAUACGAGUUUCCGAUAUUAAUUUCGCGUCUACGCGCUCGCAGUUGCCCGGCCAGUGUAUCGAACGAGUUACGAGUCGUGCGUGUUUCUUACGCGAAAUUGUUUUUCGAAACAACGCCCGAUAAAUCAUGCCGCGAAAUUACGUCUUCGCGGCUCGUUCGACGCUCUGUACGCUGCAAUUCAUCAAAAUUUGAUUUAAUGUUGACGACCGCUGCGCAUCAAUUUUCGAGAGAUUUUGAUGCAAAUUUAGGUGAAGAUGAAAAUGGUAACUAACUUCUGUAUACUAAAUACAGAGUUGCACGGAAUUACGACUAAAUUACUCCACGAGUUAUAAUUACAAGAUGAUUCAAUUACAUCGUGCUCGAUUACAUUGUCAUUAGAAUUCAUAAUUCGAAUCUGCCAUUAAAUUAAAUUACGAUGUAAUUCGCAAUUGCAGUUGAAGUACGGAUUACAACGCGCAACUGAAUAAUGUAAUUGAAAGACACAAACGUAAGAUCACAGUGUUCUGACCUGGAAUUCUGUUACACACAUUAUAAUUCAAUUAUAGUACUAAUCAUCGAUGUAAUAAUUCAAGUAAAAAUUCAAUUAGAAUGAUGAUUAUUACUGUAAUUGAAUUACCGUAAAAUCCAAUCAUUAUCGUGUAAUUCGAGUAAAAUGUAAUUAGAUUAGGCGAUUAAAUUACAAUGUCAUUCAGUUAGCACAACUGUAACUGAAUAUUAAUUGCACGUUGCGUUGGUUAAUUAAUCUGUCUUCUUUGGAAUUUCUUCAAAUCAAUAUAUGAACAUAAAUAGCUCAGUAUAUAUGAAUAUAUCAUACGAAUAAUAAUACGAAAUUGAUUAAAACAAUUAUCGAAAAACACGAUGUAUAUAAAUAGAGAAAAUAUUUAACUUUGUUACUAUACUAAUUAUUAUUUAUGAGAUUUGUACUACGAUGUUGAAUAUACCAUUCGUUUACAGUCUAAGGUUCCAAGCAUGGUUUAAUAAAUUUCCGAUGAUCUGUCAAAUUAAUUUUCUUUUCCCCUGAUUGUUCUAAUUUAGGAUCAGGCUUGUACUUGUAUUACAUAAUUCAAUCUAAUUUUCAUUUACUUACGACACAAGGAUUAUUAUCGGGUAUAAAUAAAUUACACGAUAUAAUCCUCUGAAAUAUUUUAAUAACGACAAAAUUUGUCUACCAAUAUAUAAAUAUCAAAUCAAACACCAGCAACAAUGAUAAUACAGGUACGACGAGUACUCGCGAUAAAAAGCAUUUUCCAAUCAAACCGCUCUCAGUUGCGCGAACAAAAAGGUCAUUUCUAUUUAGGAAAAUUAAAUUACGUCCAUUCCCAAGCUACCCGGUUUUAAAUACCGCGUACGGAACGUUCACCGCUAAAAAUAAAUGAAAACCACGCGGGCCUCUCCCUUCCCAGUGCUCAGGAGCUCGAUUGUCAAUUAAAAAAGACAGGGAACGUAGAGGGGAAAAAAGCAGCUCGCGCGUCGGUUCCAAUGGUUGUUGUGGACGGUGUUUUAGCCUCGAAUCGAAAUCAAUAAGCCGAUUAUUGGUCGCACUGAACGGAGAUUACGUUGCUUUGAAUUGACACCCCGACACUAGCUACGUGCGCCGAUUGAAUUUCGCGGACUUUCGAGACGGCCGGACGUCCGCUCCAGUUCCUUUUUCCACGUCUGAUAACGUGAAAUCAACGCUCAAUGUAAUCCUCGUGGACACUCCGCGAAGAAUCGACCUUUUGUGACGGCCUGGCCAAGUUUCCACCUAUUGUGCCAUCCGCGUUAUUUGCUUACACGCAAGUGAACAAUACCGAAGCAACGCCACCGGCGUGAAAAGAAAAAUGGAGACGUUUGCAGGAAGAAGAAAACAACGCGACGGCUCUCUUUUUUUCAACGCCAUCUGUCCGGUUUACGAUAAACGAGAAACCGCUAACUAAGGCAGCGCCUAGCCGCGAUAUAACCAAACUAUACGAUGGGAUAAAGUUCGAAUGGAGUUUGAACCGAGAGCAUGAUAAUGUGAAUACCUGAUUUGCUUUUAAUGUAAAUUAGGAGAGAUUAGAGGAGACUCAAUUGGAGUUUCGUAGACGGUAGUAGAUGGUAGUUUAUAGUGUGCGAAGGAUUAAAUUGUUAUAUAGAUUUUGAAAUCUCUGUAUGUAUGUAUAUAUAGGAUGGAACAGAUAAUGCGAGCAAGUUGAAAACGGGAUAUCGUAAACCACGAAUUUAAGUUAAAUUAGGAUAGGUCAAUGAGUAGAGAAGUGUAUUAAGAUAAUAUGCUAUAAUUGAUAUAAUAUGAUUAGUAUUUCGGCUAAAAAGAUUAGAUUAUUAUAUGAGUAUCGAAAUUUGUGUAUGUAUACAAGAUGGAAUUGAUAAUGUAAAGAAAUGAACCUCGUUGGAGAAAUGUCACAUAACAAAGGUUAGAAGAAGCACAAGUGACGACCUUGUCGAACGAAGCUAACAAUAUGCUGCCAAAUUUCGGUUAAAUCUCGCGUGCAAAACAAAGCAAAUCCGACGCGUAAUGGAUCACCGUAAGCAUUGUGAGUAUUUACCUGACUUUUAGACAGAGGACGCUGAGCCGAUACAUCAUUUGCCAUCAUAUGGAUUUUGGCAGUUACAUGCUCGCACAGAAACAACAAUGGGGCAAACGGUAGGACGUAUGCCUCACUCAUGGAUCGAUUUAUUGGAGGAAAAGGAUCGUGUUUUGUAUUGGAGUGGCGAGGUGCUAUCGAGAGUAGCCGACAACGUAAAUCAAGAAGAAUCGUUUCUGAUCGACUACGGUAAUGAGAGCAUCGACAAAAAGGUCGACUCGUGGAUGGAAUCGAAUCAAGCGCGGAUCGACAGGAUUUUCAGUAAACACCCAGACUUGCCGGAAGCGUAUAAAAUAAAAAUAGCGAACGAACUCGAGCAAAUAACGGGAGAGUUGACGAUGCAAAUGAGAAACGACUAUUACCACGGCUACAAGGACACUGUGAAGUUUACGAAAAAAGUAGAUUUGCUAGGAGAAAGACAGCGUAGGAUACAUGCGAAGAUCCAGAACCUUGAGAACACUUGCCACGGGAGCGUGAAAGAAUUUCGAAGAAAAUUCGGCCCGCUCCGAGCGAAGACGUUCAAGAACCUUAGAAUAGGGGAAAAGAUGAUAUUCCAAGACAAGAAACUGAAGUCACAGUUCGCUAAACGGGUGCACGAUAUCGAUCAUAAGAACGUAGAAGAGUGUGCCAAGUGUAUCGAUAAAUUAAUAAAGAUCAUUGAAAAAGCGGCGCUUACACAACAAUGAUGAUAAUAAAACGGUAAAUAAAUGAUAAUAAAAAUACGGAUUAAUUUAGCGGAUUUAGGUAUAGGAUAACAUUGUAAAAAUAACGAAAUCGGGACAAAUAAAUGUAAAACGAACAAAAUGAAGACAAAUAAAUGUAAAACUAGCGGAGUGAAGACAAAUAAAUGUAAAACAAACAAAAUGGAGACAAAUAAACGUAAUUAUACAUAUAUAUAAAUUUAUU